AUGAUGAGAAAAUUAGCUAUUUUAUCUGUUUCUUCCUUUUUAUUUGUUGAGGCCUUAUUCCAGGAAUACCAGUGCUAUGGAAGUUCGUCAAACACAAGGGUUCUAAAUGAAUUAAAUUAUGAUAAUGCAGGCACUAAUUUAUAUAAUGAAUUAGAAAUGAAUUAUUAUGGGAAACAGGAAAAUUGGUAUAGUCUUAAAAAAAAUAGUAGAUCACUUGGAGAAAAUGAUGAUGGAAAUAACGAAGACAACGAGAAAUUAAGGAAACCAAAACAUAAAAAAUUAAAGCAACCAGCGGAUGGUAAUCCUGAUCCAAAUGCAAACCCAAAUGUAGAUCCCAAUGCCAACCCAAAUGUAGAUCCAAAUGCAAACCCAAAUGUAGAUCCAAAUGCAAACCCAAAUGCAAACCCAAAUGCAAACCCAAAUGCAAACCCAAAUGCAAACCCAAAUGCAAACCCAAAUGCAAACCCAAAUGCAAACCCAAAUGCAAACCCAAAUGCAAACCCAAAUGCAAACCCAAAUGCAAACCCAAAUGCAAACCCAAAUGCAAACCCCAAUGCAAAUCCUAAUGCAAACCCAAAUGCAAACCCAAACGUAGAUCCUAAUGCAAAUCCAAAUGCAAACCCAAACGCAAACCCCAAUGCAAAUCCUAAUGCAAACCCCAAUGCAAAUCCUAAUGCAAAUCCUAAUGCCAAUCCAAAUGCAAAUCCAAAUGCAAACCCAAACGCAAACCCCAAUGCAAAUCCUAAUGCCAAUCCAAAUGCAAAUCCAAAUGCAAACCCAAAUGCAAACCCAAAUGCAAACCCCAAUGCAAAUCCUAAUAAAAACAAUCAAGGUAAUGGACAAGGUCACAAUAUGCCAAAUGACCCAAACCGAAAUGUAGAUGAAAAUGCUAAUGCCAACAGUGCUGUAAAAAAUAAUAAUAACGAAGAACCAAGUGAUAAGCACAUAAAAGAAUAUUUAAACAAAAUACAAAAUUCUCUUUCAACUGAAUGGUCCCCAUGUAGUGUAACUUGUGGAAAUGGUAUUCAAGUUAGAAUAAAGCCUGGCUCUGCUAAUAAACCUAAAGACGAAUUAGAUUAUGCAAAUGAUAUUGAAAAAAAAAUUUGUAAAAUGGAAAAAUGUUCCAGUGUGUUUAAUGUCGUAAAUAGUUCAAUAGGAUUAAUAAUGGUAUUAUCCUUCUUGUUCCUUAAUUAG